CUAUCUUCACCUUCACGAUGCUUCUCUUGGUCAAAAACGCACUCAGUCAUCUCCAAGUUCGAAGCAUUCAGCAAACAAUGGCAAGGCAGAGCCACCAGAAAUGUACACCUGAUUUUCAUGACAAAUACGGUAAUGCUGUAUUAGCUAGUGGAGCCACUUUCUGUAUUGCUGUAUGGACAAGUGUAGCAACACAAAUCAAAAUAGAAUGGAACCUGUCCCCUGUUAGCAGAGUCACCCCAAAGGAAUGGAGAGAUCAGUAAUCAUUCCAGCUGGUGCAAUAC